AUGAAUAAAUCCCUCACUGCGCAAGACACCUUCUUGAGCUCGCUGCACCCGGCAAAAUUCGACUUCGCAUUAAUACAAGAGCCUCUACCCCACCCCACACGCAACAGACGGCAAGGGCACAAGAACUUUAAUACUCGUAAACACAAGGAUUCCGACAUCAUCCUGGAAGCCUAUACCCUCAACUCACUCGACCUUACGGGUAUCGAAAUCACACGGGGAGACGAAGUGAUCCGCGUGAUCAACGUCUACAACGCCUGCGACCACAACGAAACCCUAGUGGUACUCCGCCAGUACCUUGCCAACGCGACUCGACAUACACCAAACAACGAUCCAAUCCACUAUGUCUGGGCAGGCAACUUCAAUCGACACCACCCUCUAUGGGACGAGGACCGCAACCAACACCUUUUCACCAACAGGAAUCUACGGCUCGCUGAUCCCCUCCUACAGAUGCUAGCCAGACACAGCAUGGUCAUGGUGUUACCCAAAAACAUCCCCACACUGAAGGCUCACAGCACGGGUAACUACACCCGCGUAGACAAUGUAUUCUGCUCGGCGGACCUGGCUAAGUCGUUCACAUUAUGCAAUACCGCCCCCACCCUAAGACCACCCUGCACAGACCACAUGCCAAUCCUCUCGGAACUAAUCAUCAAUGUGGGCACCUGCGCACAAACACCCAGACGAGUGUGGAGGGCAGCCGACUGGAAGGGCUUCAGAAACACGCUCGCGACACACCUGGAGGCACACCCACCCAAGCCGCUGAGAUCGCCGGGGGAUAUAGAGGCGGAGAUAGAGACUAUCGACACCGCGAUCAACAUAGCCGUGGACAAGCAUGUCCCCCUAGCUAAGCCCUGCCCACAUACUAAACGCUGGUGGAACCCCAAACUAACAGAUGAAAGGCGUGUGACGCAAAAGAUGCAACGCAUAUCAUAUGCGCACCGACACAUCCCAGAACACCCGGCCCAUGAAAUGGCAAGAACACUACGGAAUCGCCUAUCUAGAAGUAUCCGCGACGCCAAAGAGAGACACUGGAACAAAUGGCUGCAGGGUCUGUCCAAAAAAGACGUAUGGACCGCACAGAAACUUGUGACGGGCCCAGCAACGGACGGAGGACGAGCCCGGAUACCCAAUCUACAAAUUGCAGGGGGAGGCAACGCAGCAAGGUCAGCAGUAACAAAUGAGGACAAGGCUCUGAUGUUCCACAGCGAGUUCUUCCUCCCCAAACCCAUACAAUCUCUAGUCCCCUUUGGUGCGACGUACCCAGAACCCGCCUACAAAUGGAAACCACUGUCGGACGCAGUCAUAUAUGCAGCAGUUGCACGCCUGCAGCCCUAUAAAGCACGCCAACCGGGCUCGGUGCCUAACUGCGUAUACAUCCACAACGCCGGGCAACUGGUACCCAGGUUAGGCAGAGUCUUCCGCGCAGGCGACAAGCUAAGUUACUACCCACAAGGCUGGAAUACAAUUCACACAGUUGUACUUAGGAAACCAGGCAAAUCCGAUUACAGAAAUCCAAACAGCUACCGACCAAUUGUGCUCUCGAAGGAUCACAUGUCCCUGGAAAACGCGGCACGCAACCUGCAGGUCACUGCGGAGGCCGAACUCGCAGGCAUCCUCCCCAAAACCCAGUUCGGUGCCCGACCCGGUAGGUCGACCACCGAUGCCAUACACAGCGUGGUCAAGAUCUCGAAAGACGCAUGGAGGAAAGGGAAGGUUGCGAGCCUACUGUGCAUGGACGUAAAAGGCGCGUUCCCAAGCGUUGACCUAGAUAUGCUCACUCACGAGUUACGAAUGGCGGGCAUACCGAAGGAACACACCGAGUGGCUCAAAAGAAGAUACAACGGCAGGACUUCCACCAUUGCCUUUGACGACUACAUUUCACCCCCAGUAAGUGUCGCAAACGGGCUCGACCAGGGGGACCCACACUCGGGAUUCCUCUGGAUGGUAUACAACUCAGGACUGGCCGGCAUACCAAAGGAAAAGCACGAUGUAUUGGAUGCACACGCCGGACUGCUACCCAUCCACCUGCUAGCCCAGAAGGUCAGACAACGGGCCGCCCUGCGUCUAGCCACAGUUGGCAAUAGUCACCCACUCAACAAGGCCGCCCGCAACGCAGCCGCGCGAUACGUCAAACGCCAUCGCACGCCAUUACACGAACUCAUGCAUGAAUUCGACCUCGACCCAGCGGGGAUGGAGACGAUAGAGCCAAUGCGUCAAAGGGCGGAGUGGAAACCCGUCGCAACAAUAGCGCCACGUAGCACCAAGGAAGCGGCAAUAGAACAGGAGAAAGGAGACAUGGCGGAGUGGAAGGUGUUCACCGACGGGUCAGGGAUCCACGGACACAUAGGUGCAGCGGCGGUGUUGUACCGGGGGGGCAGGCUUAUAAAGACCGCGAGGAAACACCUGGGAACGGACGCCCACCACACUGUAUACGAGGGGGAAGGCGUAGGCCUAAACCUCGCAGUUGGCCUCCUCAUACAGCAGCGAAACGUACAGGGAAACGUUUCCAUCUAUGUCGACAACACAGCCGCGAUCGACGCCACAGCAAACAGGGACCCCAACCCCUCGCACUACAUCUGGGAUGCUCUAGACCUCCGCCUGAGAGAACUACGCCGAACCCACCCAAACGCAAAAGUGACAUUCUGCUGGUUGCCGGGUCACGUCGACAUCCAGGGCAACGAGGAGGCAGAUAAACAAGCGAAGAUGGCGGCGGAGCAACUCCUGACGAACAGGGCAGAGGCCGACAAACUUUUGCACAAGAGCCUGAGAGGCACGCUACCCCGUAGCAAAUCCGCCGCGGCACAACACUACAACGCGCUCUUACAGGCUAGGGCAAAUGACGGGUGGAAGGCCUCUCCACGAUACAAUAAGCUCAAAUCUCUGCUCAGGAAAACCCCCACUGAAUCUUUUCAGAAGCUGAUAAGGAAGAUUCCGCGUCAACAAGCAACAAUCCUAUUCCAGCUACGCGCGGGGCACGUACCACUAGCGCGAUACCUACAUCGAAUUGGAAAGACAGACUCCCCCACAUGUCCUUACUGCCACCGGGCAGACGAAACCGUGGCCCACUACCUCCUGGCGUGCCCAGCACAUGAGGAAGAACGUCGAAGAAUGAAUGAAAUGGGGGGACGCAGUACCCUAAGCGUAGCACGACUCUUGACGGACCCCAAGACAAUCCCACACCUCAUGCGAUAUCUGGCCGAGACGAGGCGCUUUGCGAAGACCCAUGGCACACUGGAACUGGGGGACGAGGACACAACGGACCAGGGCACUUAA